ACGCCGGGUGGCCGUCGACGUAGACGUUGCGAGAAGCAGCAGAAGGUGCUGGAACUUCCGCCGGGGUACGCGAUGCAGCCGGAUGUCGUGCCCUGCUGGGACGCGGUGCCUCCGAUCACGCCACCGGCUGCGUUUUUGCCCCCUGGCUAUAAGAAAGGCUUCCCAGAGCCGAAGAAGGAAAAGACUGAACAGAGUGCAAAUGGCGCGGUAUCGCCGAGCGGUGAGCCGCAAGCGAAUCAGGGCACGACCGUGCCGAUCUCGGUGGCACCCCCGAAUUCGGGGAACCAGCAAAAGCCGAGUAGGCCGAACACCCUGGAAGCCAGGGUGGUAGCCAGGAGACUGAUCUUGUUCGACACUGAGUUGGAGAAGGGGAUCCUAGACCAAAGCAGCGAAAACCAGCAGGUAAUCGAGAGGUGUUAUCCUCUCCCACCUCAGAAUACGUUGAUGUUGUCGGAACUUCCGGAACCGCCGAUUCCUCUGAGCGAAAUUGGGCCGAUUCCGCCUCCUCCAAUGUUCAGCUCUUCGAGUCCUACCCUCUUGUUGGCUAAGCAACGGCAAAUACGGAAUCCUUUGUCGUCCGACUACGAAGAAGAAGAGGACGAAGAAGACUUCGACGUGGAGGAAGAAGACAACAUGUACGUGCCGAGGAUGUCGCAGCCGGACCCGGCCAUCGACACGUCCAGGGUCGAGGAGAUCCCCGCGAAGGAGCCUAAGUUUCACGCGGUGCCGCUGAAGAGUGUGCUGAAGAAGAGGGGUUCCGGAAGUGGGCCUGGCACGCCGCAGAACACGCCAACGCAGGAGAACAGGCCGUUGACCCUUCGUCAGGAGCUGCAUGCCUCCUUCAAAAGGCCACCGUUGAGGCCUAGGAUGAGAAUAUGCAGUCGACCGGUCAGAUUUGGCCUCGCUUUGCCGUGCACUUUGGAGAACAAGGAGAACGCGCGGCCGUACGUGAUAAGGGAGGACGCUGACGGCGAUUCCGGAGACGGACAGGUACUCUACAGGGAUGAGUACGACGAUGAGAAAAGCCGGUUGGCAGCAAAGAUUGCGCGCAAGGAGUCGCUGUCGCUGAAGCUCGCCCUCAGGCCAGAUAGGCAGGAGCUCAUCAACAGGAACAUCCUUCAACUACAGACGGACAAUGAGAGGCAGGAAACGAAGGAGGCAAUUGGUGCCAAGCUUAUCAGGCGGCUGAGUAUGCGGCCGACACAGGAGGAACUGGAGGAAAGAAACAUUUUGAAAAAGCAAAGUCCUGCAGAGGAGAAGAAACAAAAAGAGGAGAAAAAGCGGUAUCUACUGCGAAAGCUCAGCUUUCGACCGACCGUCGAGGAGCUCAAGGAAAAGAAGAUUAUCAGGUUCAACGACUACAUCGAAGUCACGCAGGCUCACGAUUACGACAGAAGGGCUGAUAAACCCUGGACGCGAUUGACUCCAAAGGACAAAGCAGCCAUUAGAAAGGAGUUGAACGAGUUUAAGAGUUCGGAGAUGGCCGUUCAUGAAGACAGCCGACACCUCACCAGGUUCCAUAGGCCAUGACAAUUGCAAUGUGUUGAGGUGCUACAGUGUGGUGCGGGUAUAGGUGAAGGUGCAGUGUGGUGGCCUCGCGUCGAGGCUGGAUAACAAAAAUAAAAUCUCUCUCGGUUGAUCGUGGCUACCGGGGGUAUUUCACGACAAGAGGAAUUUUUGCUAAUACUCCGUUUGUACUCGGGGCGACGGUGACGGUGGUUUCUUUUUAUGACGUUGCUGCGUCGUGUUGUCAUUCGUCGUCAUCGUCCUCGUCGUCAUCGUGUCAUGCAUUGCGUCUCUCUCAUCGGUAGAUCGUCCUAUCCAUCACCCACGCAUCGGCUCAUCCGCCAUUCGCGCUGACGACGAACGUCUCCACGACGUCGACGAAGAUUGUGAUAUAGGGUGGCCCGUCCUAUGGAGUAAUUGAGAAAAGAGAAAAAGUAACAAAACGAUCGCGUCGGGUCACUCGCUGAUUUCUCUUUGUUAGAAAAAGAAAAAGACUCGUUCACGCCUGAGCUCACCUAACGCGUCUAUUAAAACUACUCCGGAUAAAAUUGUCGGAAUGUCCAGUGUGACGAUCUUUUUGAGCACUUUUGCAUUCUUUCGAUGCCAAACUAAGCAAAUGAAUAGAGAAAAAUAAAGAAGAAGGAGAGGAGAUUGAUAGAAGACUAAGAUUGCAGCGUUAGAAAUUUGCAACUUAGAAAAUCAAAAACGUCGUUCUAUAAUGAUAUGAGACUCUUUUUGUACGAAUGUUCGUGGAGUUCGAACUAUUUAAAAAUGAAAGAGCAGGUGAUUGCUUGUUUCAUUUAAGAUUGAUGCUCCAUGUCGACUACGAAACUUUGCCAUCUCUCAGAAUUUCUUAUUGCGAGGCAUUGACUUGACUUUUAUGGGGAAUACGAGAUGUAACUGAGAAGAGAGAUUUAUAUAUCCUUAAAGUACAUUUUCAGAUAAACUCUAAGAUAAUAUGCAAAUUAAACGUAUACAUUGGAAGUAGCUAGAUGAAGAUAGAAAGAUAGCACGAUCGACGAAGGUGGCUCUUCAAACAGUCCCUCUUCAUGAUAGAAGAAAUUCGUUUAAUAGAGGGAAGGGAAAAAGAGCACGUGAGCUCGUAGGUGAACGGGUCUUUCCGUAGAUUUUAGAUCAUAACUUCUCCUUUUGCCAUCAGGCUAGCUCGUCAGUGUCACCUGGCAACAAAACGCGUAUGCGUAAAGAAAAAAGCGACUCCUAAAGAAAAAGGUCUUAAUCCUUCAGCAUUCGUGUGAUAACAAUAUCUUGCGGAUAGUUCGCAAAAUACUCAAACUCGACGUGAGAUGAAUGUGCAUCACGAUAGAUGAUUAAAAAACAAAUGAAAGAAAAAUGGAGAAGAACGUCGAUUAGAAAGAUUGAUUUAGCUUUCGAUUUAGUUGUUUAAAGAUGGGUUAGUUUGAAAUAUUUUUAUACGUUGACGUUCAAUAAAAAAAACCGAUAGAGAAUUGUUAUCAUCGACUCGGCACGAAAGAAACGAUUUUUUCAAUCAAACGAAAUAAAAGCCUCGUUUUUUUAAUCGACAAAACGAUCGAACAAAGAGUAAGAAAAAAAUGAAAAAAAAAAGGAAAUACAAUGAAAAUAAAACCCAUAGCUUCGUGGUAUAUAUGGCGACUAUUAUGUGAUUUAUCGAUAGAAUUCCACGGAUCGUGAUUUUUAUCGACUUUUAAUAACCGAUGACUUUGUUGUUUGUAUCGCGCUAACGUUGCAUAGAUUAUUAUAAUUAAGCAUUGUUCCAUUUUUGCGCGCGGACAGAGACGUGUUUUUUGAAUCGACUCGUGUGCGAAUAUCUAAGACAAUCUUGUUCGAAUUGACAAGAAAAAGAAAAAGAAAAAGAAAGAACUAUUUUUCUUUUUUACUGCCAGGUAUCACUAUUUCUCUAUUUGCGGAGCUGCCUUGAGGAGCAAACGCUUUAUUGACUUACUAUACACAGAGGAAACACACAGAGACGAAAUGGAAAAUAAUGGAACGUGCGAGAAGUGGACGCGGGGAAACAAAAGAAAAAAAAAAUAUAUAUAUAUAGUUGUAAAAUUCCGUUUUAGCGAUGAACUCGAUGAGAAAAUGGAAAAGGAGAGAAAGGGGAGAAAGGAAGGAAAAAUGCAUUGUGCAAUUACACACACUUUGUACAGAAAUAAUAUACAUAGUGCGUAUUUUAGUGGUUAUUAUUAUUGUUAUUGUCAUCGCUAGCGACACUGCGAUCCUCGUUGAUUUUCGAUCACGCGUUUCGAUCGUGGAAGCAUCGGUCUUGAAACAACAUAAGAAACAUAAAUUUUGUCUACGCUAUAUUAUAUCGGUUAUGCCAUCGAUCGUUCUAUUAAAAUUGAUCGUAGAGUAGACAGAAUUGGUCGUUUGAUCGGCACGUAGACAUAUUGUAAUCAAUUGGAUAGAUGAUUGAUCAAAGAGACGUAAAGAAUACGUUUCAUAGGAGUUUUCUUAAAAAGAAAAGGGAAGAUAUGAAAGAAUCGAAACGUGUUUCGAUGUCUUGCACGCUUAAAUCCCCACACCCCCUCGAAGCUUCCUGUCCUUGCAAGCAUGUGAUCGUCAUCCGUUUUAACGCUCGUGUAAGCUUGCGUCGAGACCAAAUCGAUAAAAAGAGAACUCGUCGCUGACGCCUUCUGCUUUCGAUGAACAUCGUGAAAUUAAAAAAAAAAAUGAAAUGGAACAGAAA